UUUGUCGCAAACAGUGUAUAUUACCUUAACCUCAAAAAAAAUUCUGAGAACAAAACCUGUAUAUACUGAAUCAAUUGUCAAGUGGGAAAUGUACACUUGGGUGAAAUAAAUGAGUUCCAGACCGACCAAAUCUAAAAACUAGGCUGCUUUGAACAUGAUGGUGACCCAAAGAGCUUUGAUUUGUACUUGGUUCCUCCUUGUGGGGUUGACCACUUCCAUUUCUGAUAUUAUCAGCCAACCAGGUCAAAUAAGUGCAGGAGCUGGUCCGUCUCUACCACUGCCGCCUCUCCCAGUGAAUCCCAUGGCCGUCACAUCGUCAAGUUUCGACCUGCUUCCUGACCGAAUAGGAUUUAAGUUAGCUGUGAACUACGCGUGUGGAGUGACCAUUGCCAUGGAAACUUUUCUCAAUGAGAGUCUCCUAUCCAAACUUCCUUCUAUGCCGCCGCUUCCUGUCGUGGGUGGUAUCGUCGGUGGUCGGGCUGGACCUGUGGAAGGGGUGGUCAAAUAUAUCAACCCGAUCGUAUUGGUCGGCUCGACUUGCAUAAACCUGGGAGGCAUUUGUGGAAAGUAUAAUGUGAAUCAGAAUGCCAUGAGCGUGGAAUAAUUUGGUAGCUCAAAAUAGAUAAAUUAAAUGGUUAAUGGGUUGCUACCCGAUUUGUAAAUAUAGACGUUUCUUUAAAAUAUUAUUAAGGUAAAUAUUACAAAACUUAUUAUUCGUGAAGUACAAAAAUAUAAAGUCAGAUUUAAAAGCUUAAAGUUGAAAUUUAUGCAAAAUUACUAAAUAUAAAAUAAUUUAAAAUUUAAAACACAUGUAAUACAUGACGUUUGAUACGUGGAUAAUGAGAACGAAUACAAUACUACUAAUAAGGGUGUUCAAC